CUACUGGCUGCUACCAGUUGUCAGUUGCCAAGGACCACCACAUUAACAUUGGACGCAGUUUUUUUUUUAAUUCUUCAUUUAUUUAUUCCCUUAAUGGACAGGCUUUUGUGUCAAGAUGAAAUUUCCAUACAUAUGACCGACCGUCAAAUGCAGACAUCUCGAGAACAUUGUGUGGAUGAAACUCACAACAAAAUUCAGAAGCCAAUACUAAAUUACUCAGUAUUCUGUAUUAGGAAAGGAUACUACAUCUUAAACGCCAAGGUGGUUUGCAAUUAUAACGUGGAGAUAAUCGCCAUUGUUUCCACCCAUCCUCGGUCCUGCCAUGACUCUUUCAUCUGAAAUCACUCCAGUGCAAGAUAAGAUUUGUCUACGACAUUGAACGGACAUCUUGUUCUAGCUGAUUGGUACGCUGCAGAGAGCUUCGUAUUGACUCCAUACAGGAACUCACAGAAUGGGACGCAUCAGCAUCAAUUUAACUUAAAGAAUAUUAUCGAGCGCACUAUUAAUGUCCUUUAAAGUCGUUCGUUGCAAAGAGGAUUGAAUUAUGAGCCCAUAUAUUGUUGCCACAUUGUUAAUGUCUGCUGUGCACUGCAAAACAUUUGUAAAAAGGGAAAUUGGCAAGUCGAGGCACUCACUUUGACUACAUUGAAGAGGCCGCAGUUGAAUCAGAAAUGGAAGAUAGCAUUAGUGGACCAUCCGUACGCGGUGAAAAUGCUCCAGCUCCUCUUAUUUAAAAAAUAA